AUGUCCACAACCACAGAGACUUCCAAGACGACGCUGAAGACUUUCCCACCCGUAGUGCUUGAUACCACUCUCUACCAACUGCUGCUGGAUGACUUGCCCGCAGGCGAGGCUCUAGAGACUUACUGCACCGUCAAGCCCAAUUCCGAUCCACAACAUGGCGAGGCCGUGCCUCUUUCCAACAAGUACAUCAUCCAUGCGGCGCAGUUGGAUGAUAGCGACGACCUGGCACACCUGCAAUUGGAAAUCUGCUCUUACCUGCUGAUGUUCUUCUGCGGACCCAUGAAGGUCAUCUUCCUUGGUGCCGAGGGCGCAAGCAAGGAUCCAACCCUGUCUCAGAAGGUCGUUGAUGAGAAUGCCAAAAGGAGCUUUGCGGUCAUUGCUCUUGAGCAGAGACCCGUCAUUUACACCUAUGCCAAUCAGGAUGACUGUGCGGCAAAUCAUGACGGCUCCAAGAUUCGCUGGGCAUUUGCUAUGGAUUUUGCAGAGCGGCUGCCAUAUCUCUUUCACCCCGAACUGGUCUACAAGAUGAAUAGCAAACGUUGGCUGGCUGAAAGCGACCUCAAGAGCGCCAAUGAUCGGAUCAUAGACUGCAACAUCAUCUGCCCUCAGAACGAGGAAGGUUUGAAGCAUUGGUACCACUGCGGCGCCACCUGCGAGUCAUGCAAAGAUGGCAUCCGGAAGGAGACCGAAAGAAUCCGCGCCGUUCUGCAAGAGCGGCAGAUUCCCUUUGUGCUUAAACUGACCCAGUCACUCAGCAGCGUGGGCACCAACAUCGUCACGAAUGAAGAGGAGCGAUCCGCCGUCAUAGACAAGAUUACAGACUACCUCCAAGAAUACCUUCCACGGAUUACCCGCACCAACGGCCAUCUCUACACAACUGCUCUAAUCCUUUCCGACGCCAUUCCCGGCAAGACCAUGGCCCUUAACUUCUACGUUCGCCGCAACGGCACCGCGCAUUUCCUCGGCGCGUGCCACCAGCUGGCAACCGGCGAGAGCGGCCGACAAGCCACCGCCAUCACGUACGCCGACCAGGAAGGACUGGAGAAGAAAUACCGCUCGACGCUGGCACGCAACGCCAAAGCCCUGCACGACCUCGGCUACUGGGGUCCCGUGGGCGCCGAUAUCAUGGAGGACCCCAGCGACGGCACGCUCUUCACCAUCGAUCUGAACGUGCGCACGCCGCUUAGCCUGGUGCUGCACCUGCUCAAGGGCCACUUCAACGACACACGUGGGCUGGGCGUGGCGCUCGUCUACGAGUGCGUCAUCUUGCGCAUCUCACGAGACGAAUUGGAGGAUCGCUUCUUCAAGGAGUUUGACGAGGGGAGGCUCGUGCUGUUGGGUGGUACGCAGUUGGGCGAUGACGGGAAGUGGGCGUUUGGUGUGGUCAUUGCCGGUAAGAAUAAAGACGAGAUUGAUGCGCUGAGCGAUCGGAUUCUGAGGUAUGAAACGGACGAUCAGGUCGACGAUUGA